AUGGAAUCUAAAUCUUAAAAUUAAAAUUCUUCAUUGACUGAUGACAAAUAAUUUAAAGUAAAUCAAUCCUCGGAUUCUGAUGACCAUGAAUAAAAUAUGCUGAAGAAAAACCAACAUAAAAAAAUUAGAAAAUCUUUGACUAAAAGAAAAAGUAGCAAUUGGGGUUCAGGAAGACCUUCAAAGAGAACAGAAACUAAUGAUGAUCAUCAAUGGAGUCAUUAAUUAAAGAACGAGGCUCUUUCUGGGUUAUGGUUUGGUAGAGAUAUCUCAAUGAAAAUGAUCAUAUAUUUAUGUAAAAUGGGAAACAUGAUAUUUAAAGUUGUUACAGGCAUACCUGCCUCAAAAAUAAGGAAAGGCUUUAUGAAAUUUGAUUCCAAUAGUCAUUAAGAUAAAAAAAAAUACUCACUUUAACUCAAGAAAGAUUUAAAGAAUAAAAAUUCAAGACUUCUUGAAUACCUAAAUUACCCAGCAGACACAACCUAUAUGUUUUUGGAAAAGAACAACAAUUGCGAAGAUAAAUUAUCAUUAAAAAACAUAUCUGAAGAAUCCUAAAUUGGUUUAGAAGUGGUUAUGAAAUCUUUAUCAAAGAACUUUGUUAAUACCUACAAAUUUAUUAUUAGAGAAUACUUUUAAAAUUCUUAAGAUUUUCUUGAAAAUAAUUUAGUGGAUAAUAUUGUUAGAUAAUUAGUUGAGAAUCAUUAGGAUCAUAAAAUGUUAUUUGAUAGGCAAUUAAUUCAUGAAUUAACAAAAGACGAUUAUGCUCUCAUCAAUGAAAUUGAAUCUGAUCCAUACCAGGCAUAAAUUCACUAGUAUUAAAAUUCAGGUAUCAGAAAUAUAAACUUCUUUUCGAAUACAUACAAAGAUGAGGUAGAAGAAAUUAAAAAAAACUCAUUUUGGAUAAGAGAAUUUAUUGAAGGGUUUAUUGAAAUUUUGUAAGGUUCUAAUAUUUAAAUUCAACAUUUUUGA